AGAUUGAGGACGCUGACCGCAUGAUGUUGGACCACGCCGAUGUGAGUUUGACCCCGGAUGAACGGGUGCGGGCCUUGACCAAGAAGGGCAUGGCUGUGGACAUGAAUGAAGCAGUGCCCCUCCGCCGAUACUUCCGCUCGGGCAUGGAGGUGAUCCGCAUGGCCCAUGUGUACGCCGAGGAGGGCAACACAGAGCACGCCUUUGUCCUCUACAACAAAUACAUCACGCUUUUCAUCGAAAAGCUCCCCAAGCAUCCAGAAUAUAAGCUGUGUAGUAUUCCUGAGAAGAAGGAGACUUUAAGGAAGCUAAAGGAGACCGCUUUUCCUCAAGCAGAGCAGCUGAAGAAACAUUUACUGAGGAGAUAUGAGAAAGAAUAUGCUGAGUUUAUCAGCAAAAAGCGUGCAGAAGCUCAAGCACUGGAGCGGCAGUUGUCUCGGCAACGAGAGCUGGAGGCGGAGAGACACCGUGUGGCGAACAUGCAGAGGAGGCAACUGGAGCAGGAGCAGUUCAGCAGGUUUGAGGAGAUGAUCCGGCAGCAGGACCGGCAGUGUGAGCACGAGUUCAACACACCAGCGCCUCACCAAGACGACGGACUGCUCAUCCCUGGGAUCCAGGGUCCCCCUCUGCCCUACCUAGAGUCCCCCACUCCCCCUCAGAGUCCGCAGUACCACUCGGCCAAUCACAGCACUCCGUCAGCUCCCAGCUCGGCUGCACCCCCGACCGUGGACCGCUCACUUAAACCGGGUCACCUCAGCAACACCACUACAUUGGUUGAUGGUUUACGGCAGAUCGCUGUUCCUGCUGAGCUUUGCAGCAAAUUUCUGCGAUUGGCCAAUAACAACACCAUAAGAGCAGUGGAAACCUGUGGGAUACUCUGUGGGAGACUGAAUAUGAACGCGUUUACAGUGACGCACGUGAUCGUGCCGAAGCAGUGUGGAGGUCCAGAUUACUGUGACACAGAGAAUGAAGAGGAGCUGUUUCUGGUGCAGGACCAGUACGACCUCAUCACGCUGGGCUGGAUACAUACUCACCCCACUCAGACGGCCUUCCUAUCCAGCGUUGACCUGCACACUCACUGCUCAUACCAGAUGAUGCUGCCGGAGUCCAUCGCCAUCGUCUGCUCUCCCAAAUUCAACGAGACGGGCUACUUCAGGCUGACUGACUACGGCAUGGAGGAGAUCUCAAGCUGCACUCAGAAAGGCUUUCAUCCGCACCCCAAAGAACCUCCUCUCUUUACUGAUGGUAUUCACAUUAGAAUCACAGAAGGCACUGUAUCGAUGCUAGACCUGCGAUGAUCUCUCUCUGGUGUUCACACGAAAAUGCUGAAAUGUUUCCAGAACCAUCCCAACCCACUAAUCAAAGCCCGUGUUCACUGAGGUCCGGGACAC